AGUGCAUGUCUUGAAUUUUGAUGUUAUGGUGAUAUAAAUACUAAUUACUAGCAUUUAAUGAAAAAUGCCGUAUCCCACUUCUCCAUUCAAAGAAAACUUCAAUUAUAAACUGAUAAAUAGUUUGUUAGUUGAAUUGGAUUAUGACAAUAAAAUUUCAAAUGAAGAAUUAAUGUUUACUCUAAAAUGGCUAUGUUCUUCCCCAAAAAUGACUACUGUAAGGGUUAAUACUCUAAAAAAUAACGUCCAAAAUGUGCUGCAUAUUCUUAGACAGUUUCUAAAAGAAACCAAAAUGUAUAUUCAUCAUUGUCUCAGUAAUGUUAUUGUUAUCGAAAAUACAACUUUAUGUGAAGAACUUGACAAACAUGAGAAAGAAGUUAUAGUAGACACAGAAUGUGCAUCGGCAAUACUAAGAGGAGCUCACAUAUAUGCACCUGGAGUGUUAGGAAUGGUUGCAGGAUGUCAGCUUAACGAGGAUGUUAGUAUAUAUGCAGAUAUUGCCAAAAAAUGUAAAAAAGGAUUCCAAAAGGUUUAUGAUAGUACAUCUAAAAUACAUAUUGGAAAUGGUAAAAUAAAAAUGCAACGUCACCAUCUAUUUUCAACAAAAAAUAUACAAUAUAAUGGUAUUGCAGUAGAAGUAUCAAAGACAAUAUCUGGAUGUCCUACUAUAAAUGAAAACAUACUACCAGCAGGUGAUAUUUUACUGCAAAACCUUCCUUCUAUUUUAUGCGUCAAAACUCUCAAUCCCAAACGAGGAUCCGUUGUGAUUGAUUUAUGUGCUUCACCGGGAAAUAAAACCACAUAUAUAGCCGAACUUAUGGAAAAUAAGGGUGUAAUUAUUGCUAUUGACAAAACUCCAAAAAAAGUAUCACAACUUCAAGAACGCUGUGAAAAUUUCGGGGCGAAUGUUAAAGUUUAUCAAGCUGAUUCUACGACGAUUAUUAUAGAGUCACAGACUUCAUCUAGAACUAUAGAAAAUGGUCCACCAUUUCUACCAGAAUCUUUCGACAAUGUACUUUUAGAUGCACCUUGCAGUGGUCUGGGAAAAAGACCUCAAUUAGCCAAUAGAAUGUCUGAAAAUGAAAUUAAAUCUUAUGUGCCGUUACAACGCAAAUUAUUUGAAACUGCUACUAAAUUAUUGAAACCAGGUGGGACUAUGGUAUAUAGUACUUGUACUAUAACUUUGGCUGAAAAUGAAGGUAUUAUAGCAUGGGCCUUGAGGACUUUCAACUUUAUAGAAUUAUUAAAACCUCCCCUUAAUUUGGGAGAGCCUGGAUGGAUAGGAACUUCAUUAACAGAAGAACAAAGAAACUUUGUACAAAGAUUUGGGCUAAAUUCGAAGAUUGAUUCUGUUGGCUUUUUCUUUGCUUAUUUUAGAAAAAAAUCGUGACUGAGAUAAAUAACUAAUAAAAUUAAUUUUAUCAAUUCUCCCCUCAAUAAUUAAUUAAUACAUAUCUUAAAUAAUCAUCCAGACCAAUUUAAAAUACUGUUUAACGUUUUCAGUCAUAGUUGAAAUCGAUUCCGAACCAUUUCAUAAUCAAUAUUGUAUUGGUGUGAUACAAACGUUUGAUUAUGAACCGGUUUGGGAUUUCAUUUUACCGAUUUACGAACACAUAACUGUCACUAAAACUUUCGGAUUUGAAGAAUCCCAAACUGCAAUUUUCAAAAGGCGCGUGCGAUAGGAUUCACCUGCAAAGUCUACUAUCACAGAAGUGCUAGAACCUAUUCUGUCACUGUCACAAAAAAUGUCGAUGCUGAAAGAGCGAAUAUGAUCACACGCCGAACUGAUUAGGAAACGGAUCCGCAAUCAGUAGUAAAAAUAUAACAAACUGAUAGAUUUGUUUCAGAAUAAAUAAUAGACUCAGUCGAUGUGAGUCCAGCAAACACGAAACUAUCACAAAAAAUUCAGAACUGAAAGAGUGAAUAUGAUCCAUGCCAAACUGGUUGGGAAUUUGAUCCGCAAUGAGUAGUAAAUACAUAAAAAAUAGUAGAACUGAUUCAGCAUAAAUAAAAAUUCAGAGCUGAAAGCGAAUAUGAUCACAUGCCGAAUUGGUUAGGAAACGGUGAUAAAAAAUAUAAACCAUUUUGAUGCAACGUUCUGAGGCAUGUCUCAGGGUUGUCAUUAUUUAAGGAUGAGUUUUCUUUGAUAAUUCCGACUCUGAACAUUCUAAGUGAUGUUUUCCCUGUCACGUUUUCCAGAACUAUGUGGGAGAUUUAGAAUCACUUCUAGUGUAGCUGUUAUGCAAGAUUCCAUGGCCCCGGCUACACAUAAGCAAGCCAGUCUUUGUACCUUUGAGAGAUUGUUCCUCGUGGUAUUCAGACUAGCUCUAGUACUCCAAACCACUCCCAUUCUAUUUGCUAUAACACGAUGUCUGGAAAAGUAUUGACACGAUUUUAACUUUCGUACUUUUAAUAUAUGGAAGAACGGACGCAGACAGUUCAAUAAACUAACAGUUAAAUUCGAUAUACUGAGAUUCUUAAUAAGAAAAUCGUUAUAUCAAGGUGAUUUUUUUACCAGGGUCGACAAAAAUUCAAUAUACGAGUUUUUAACUAA